UUUUUCAAAAUGGCUUGUGCGCGGUAUAUUGAUUCUGAUUCCAGUGAAUCCGAUUCCGAAGAUGAUUUUGGAAGUGAAUACCGUUUAGAUGUUUCAGAAUCUGAUUGUUCAGAUUUCGGUACUUCUGAAACAGAAAGUGAUUCUGAUUCAGAAAGCUUGAGUGAUGCUCGUCAGUGGUGUGAACUCAAUAGGGAUACACCAAAUCCUGCUCCCCCAGAAUUUAUAUUUCAAGGACACCCAGGACUAAAUUUUUUUCCUGACAGUGACGACAUUUUGCAGUUUUUUGAAUAUUUUUUUGAUGAUGGAACUCUACAAAUUAUAUGUAAUGAAACAAAUCGUUAUGCUUCUCAGUACUUGAAAAAGAAUGAAUUGAAAAAGGAAUCAAGGGCACAAAAAUGGUAUCCAACUACAAAAAAUGAAAUUAUGAUAUUAUUAGUGGUUUUCACUUUACAGGGCAUCGCGAAAAAGCCCGAAGAAGAUUUAUAUUGGUGUAAAAAAGAAAUAUUUCAUACACCUAUAUUUGGGAAACUUCUUUCAAAGAGAAGAUACAAACUCUUGGUGCAAUUUUUACAUUUUGCGGACAAUGAGGUUUAUGAUCCCGAAUCGCACCCUAAUCCGAAAUUGUGUAAAAUAUGGCCUUUGUUCGAGCGUUUGAAUGGGAAAUUUAUGAACGCAUAUUCUCUAAGUAAAAACGUUUCUAUUGAUGAAAGUUUGAUGUUGUAUAAGGGGCGCCUUGGUUGGGUGCAAUAUAUGCCACUCAAAAGAGCUAGGUUUGGCAUAAAAUUUUACAUGUUAUGCGAAUCCGAAUCUGGUUACAUAUGGUCAUGCAUAAUCUACACGGGUAAAGGAACCAUUUUGAAUGAGCAAUUCAAAAAUUUGCCUGUGUCAUCACAAGUCGUGAUGACACUAUUGUAUCCCCUUUUGAAGAAAGGGCACUGUGUAACGACGGAUAAUUUUUAUACGUCCCCAGAACUGGCAGAAUUGCUAAUAGCAUAUAAAACCGAUAUAUAUGGCACAGUUCGCUUGAACAGGAAAGGUAUGCCUAUUGAUCUAAAAAAAAGGAAGUUGAAAAAGGGAGAAAUUGCUGCAUUUCAAAAGGGAAAAAUCAUGGUUCUGAAAUGGAAGGACAAAAAGGAUGUAGCACUGCUUUCCACUGUGCACAACAUGGAGAUGGUUGCAGUUACCCGCAGGAAGGAAAAUAAAAUGAAACCAAAAGUGGUAGUAGAUUACAAUGGAACUAUGGGAGGGGUCGACCGUGUAGACCAAAGACUAAGCAGUUACAAUGUCACUAAAAGAAGAGGAAAAAAAUAUUACAAAAAGAUAUUUCUCCAUUUAUUGGAUAUAACACUAUGGAAUUCAUAUGUGUUGUACACAAAAUCUGGUGGAAAAAGAAGUCAUCUUCAGUACAGGACGAAAAUAAUAGAAAACAUUAUUGAAAAGUACCACUCGGUAGAAUUUUCUGCCAAAAAAGGACGUCCUUCUGCUGAUCACCCCCCAUCACGUCUGUCUGAAAGACAUUUUGUUGAUUACAUUCCACCAACGGAGAAAAAAAGUAAUCCAAGAAGACAGUGUAUUAUUUGCUGCUCAAAGAGAGACAGUAGAGGGAAGAAGGUAAGAAGAGAAACAAGAUUCUACUGUCCAGAUUGCGAUGUUGGACUCUGUGCAGUACCGUGCUUUCGAAUGUACCAUACACGAUCAAAUUUUGAUUAAUAAUUUCAUAAUAAUUUAUGUAAAUGCACAGGAUAUAAAUAAAAUUUGUAAUUCAAGAUUAAA